AUGAUUGCGUUACAAAAUCGGCCUAUCUUGCCGCCCGCCAAAGUGGAUAUCUCACUAUUACUCAAGCCCCAAGAUGAGGAAGAAGUCCCCUCAGGCAAUCCUACCCCCUUCUACCCUCCAAGGACUUUACCAGGACCACCAGUUACCGCUCUUGCUGCUCCAUUUGUGUCUGCUCCUCUGGUUCAGCCCCCUCCUUUGACAAAAUCUGGUCCUACGGGGGCUCCUAAGCGGUUGCAACCUGCCCAUACAGCAGAAUCCCCAGCUAAGAAGCAGUCCAAGUGGUCGCCCGAAGAAGAUGCCUUGAUCAUUGAGUUGAGAGGAAGUGGGAUGAAAUGGGAAGAUAUUAGUAAACGGUUACCAGGUCGCAGUGCGAUCAGUUGUCGUCUUCACUAUCAGAACUAUUUGGAACGACGAAGCGAAUGGGAUGAAGAUAAGAAGAACAAACUAGCGAGAUUGUAUGAGCGAUUCAAGGCGGAAAUGUGGUCCAAAGUCGCAGAAGAAAUGGCUAUCCCAUGGCGUGCGGCUGAAGCAAUGCACUGGCAACUAGGAGAACAAGAGAUGGCCCGUCGCGCUGGUGUUGUUCCUUUCUCCCUUUCAAGCCAUGCCAUUGAUCCCCCAACUACCAGGACCCGUCGCGCCAGUACCUCUCUCACUCGUCCACGGAAGAGUUCAACCUCCCGAGCCAUCCCCGGUCACCUACCAGGUCUAGCAGCUCAACUUCCUUCUCUGGAGGAAUUGACUGCUGGUGUCCCCGCGUACGCUCCCGCUCCACCUCCUCCACCACCACGGGAGUAUUACGGACUUGCUCGACCAGAUCUGGGGAAUCUGGGGAUUCCCCCACCAGGAAUGAUGGGUCCGCAUAUGGGAAUGCCUCCACGAACUUUGCCCUAG